AUGACCUCUGCCGCCGCCAUCGAGCUGCUCCUCCGGCCAGGAGUGAGGCCUUACUUGGCCCUCGGGCUCCCUGCGUCCGCAGCCCCAGCAGACGUGCGCAAGGCGUUCCGCCGCAUGUCGCUUCUUGUGCAUCCGGAUCGCAGCGACGACCCUCGUGCGACCAUGGCCUUCCAGCGGCUGAAUGGAUUCUACGAGGCGGCGAGCCGUGCUGCUGAACAGCCUGCCGCCGCCUCGUCCGCCGCGUCGCCUGCCACAUCCGCCUCGACCGCCGCCUCGCGGCCGUACAAGCCGCCCAAGCGGCGAGCACCGCCGCCACAGCCCACGGCGAGGGAGGCGGAGGCGGACGCUCGGGCGAAAGCGAGGGCAGAGGCGGAGGAGAGGGCUGCAGCGGAGGCGGCACGGGAGGCAGCGGAGAGGGCGGAGAGGGCGGCGGCGGAGAGGGCCGCCGCCGCGAAGGCCGCGGCCGAGAGGGCGGCGGAGGAGAGGGCGGCGGAGGAGAGGGCGGAUGCGGAAAUGCGGGCGGCGGCGGAGAAGGCUACUGCUGCAGAGAGGGCUGCUGCAGAAAAGGCGGCGGCUGAGAAGGCGGCGGCAGAGAAGGCUGCGGCGGCAGAGAAGGCUGCGGCGGAGAAGGCUGCGGCUGAGAAGGCUGCUGCGGAGCUUGAGACGUGCUCGAUCUGCCUGACCACUUUGCCGGCGGCCAACGCCGCGCAGCCGCCGCCGCCGGGUGUGCGCGUCUUGCUGUGCGGGCACUCCUUCUGCAGCAGCUGCAUCGGCUCGUGGCUGGAGCGGCAGCGCUGGUGUCCAAACUGCCGGCGGCCGGUGGAGAGGAUGGACAGCGGCGCAUUCGCCGAGGCGGUGGAGGCGUGGGAGGAGGCGCAGGCGGCGUGGGAGGAGGCGUGGGCGGACGCGUGGCACGAGCAGGCAGCGAUGCGGCGCGCUUGCCGCCGCGAGGCGGCCGAGGCGGUGGCGGAGUGGCAGCGGGGGAGGGAGGCGGAGCUCGCUCGGUUGGCCGAGGCGUGGGCGGCCGUCGCCGACGCGUUCGGCAGGGAGGCCGCCAGGGCGCGGGAGAGGUGGGCGGGGGAGGGCGGCGGCGCCGAGGGGGGCGGCGCGGAGGCGGGCGGCGCGGAGGCGGGCGGCGCGGCGGCGCGGGCAGGCGGCGGCGAGGGCGGCGAGGGGGCGGGUGGUGGCGGCGAGGGCGGCGAGGGGGCGGGCGGUGACGGGGAGGGCGGCGAGGGGGUGGGCGGUGGCGGCGAGGAGGCAGGCGGUGGCGGCGAGGCGCUGGCGAGUUUCCUCGAGGCUGCGGGGGACUGGCGGCGGGAGCGCGGCAUCGAGGCGCGCUGCCUCGCCGCCGGGUACGAGGGAGUGCGGCGGCAGCUCUGCCUCGCCGCCUUCCAGAGCGAGCGCGAGCGGGGCGUCGCCUCCCUGCGGGCUGCCAUCGAGGCUAGCCGGCGGCGGCAUCACUCGCGGGCGUCUGCAGCGGCGCACGACGCGCGGCAGCGGGACCAGGCGGCGUGCGAGGCCGCGGCGAGGCGGCUAGCGGCGGCGGCGACGGCACGCGCGCGGAGGGCGGCGGAGGCGUGGCUUCACACGGCGCCGCCCGACCCGACAGAGGCGGCGCUCGCGCGCAUCGGCGCGUGGCGGGAGGCGCAGCUGGCCGCCACCGCCGCCCUCGCAGAGGGCGUGCCGGACGCACACGAGGCGGCCAUCGAGUCGCUGAUCGGCGCGGCGGCGGCGUGGAGAGAGGGCCUCCUCGCCGAGGCGAGGGAGGCGGACGCGGCGAGGCGCACGGCGCUGCUGUCGCAACGCGAGGCGCUCGCGCACCAGGUCUUCGGCGGCCAGCUGCAGCCUCCCUCUCGCUCCCGCGAGUGCGCCUGGUGGGUCGGGCUGGCGAUCCCCGACGCGCUGUGCCGCGAGGCGGGAGGCGGCGAGUGGAGCCGCGAGGCUGUGGCGGCGUGCGAUCGGGUGGCGUCGCUACAGCGCGCGGCGAGCGCCGCGGCCGACCAGGCGGCGGCGGACACCAGGCCGGCGGCGGCGGAUCGCAGGGUCGCUGCGGCCGCGGCGAGCGCGGAGGAGGCUGUGGUUGCCGCGGGCGCCGCGGCGGCGCUCCAGCCUUGGAAGGCGGCCAAGCUCGCCGAGUUGUCCGAGCUGGAAGCGGGCCGGGUGGCGGCGGCGGCGGCGGCGGGCGAGGCGUUUGCGCGCCGCUUCUCCGCGGCGGCGGAGCUGGAGCGGCUCGAGUCGGCGCUCGCCGACUGGCGAGAGAGAGAGGCGCAGCACAAGCGGACGGCGGCGGAGCUGACAGAGGUGAGGGUUCGUCACCGGGCCGCCCGGCAGUGGGUGCUGCUGCUGCGACGGAGCGCAGAGCAAAACACGCGGACGGUGGCGGACCUGGCCAUCGGGCGGCAGAGGCUCGCAAAGGAGGCGGAGGCGGCGGCGAGAGAGGUUGAGGCGGAGACGGCGAGGCGCUUCGACAAGAAGGGCCAGAUGCAUGCCAGGUGGGCGGAGAGGAGCGCGCUCGAGCCGAACGCGCCCAAGCGCCAGGCGCUGCUCGAGGCCGUCGGCGCUGUCCGCGACGCGGCGGCCGACUCCGCCGCGCGGGUGCGGGCGGCGAUGGGGCGGGUGCGGUGCGGUGCGGUGUCUGGCGCCACGGAGGCGAUGCGCGCGACGGCAAAGGCGCUGAGCGAGGCGGCAGAGGCGGCGGCGGAGGAGGAGAAGGCGGUCGAGCGCGAGGUGCUCCUCGAGCAGCGAGCCGUCGACGCAAAGGCGCCCAAGCGGCCGCUCGGGCAGAGCAGCUCCACGGCAGUGGACGGCGCAAGCAGGAGCCGGCCGAGGCUCGGCGAAGCCUCGCCCGCGGGGCGGCUCCCCCUCCCUCCUCCCCCGCCUGCGCUCCCGCCAAGGGCGCCGGCGCCCCGGCCUCCCGCAGCCGCCGCCCGCGGCGGGUUCAGGCCAUCCAACUCGUUGCUGGGCGGCGCCGCGCGAGGCGGCGCGGGCGGAGCAGCGCUGCCGAGGCGGCCGCAAGACCCCAACAGGGCCAAGGCAGGCGCAGCGGGAGGGAGGCUGCAGGCAGGCAGGUUCGGCUUGCUCGGGUAA